GGCCCUUUGGUAAAGACGACUGUCCAGGGAACAGACCCCACAAUAAGACCUCUGCUCCUCAACCUGAUCUUCAUUUGGCUCUUGCCAGUUUCUCCAGAGUCCUUCCAUUGACACCAUCCUGACAAGAUCAGCCCUCCAGGCACAGCUCAUGGACUGGACCAAAGAUGCAAAUUCCAUCAUACGGAGGCUCAGUCUGCGAGGCCUUGGCAGUAUUGUGUUCCAGCCAGAAAAGGUGCAAUUCUUACGGGCCCAGCUGCCAGCAAUCCUGGCCAUGUUUUGUGACAGGGAUGGAAGGCGUGUCAUGGAGGCCAUGCAUAAAGCUGCAGACAUCAUCCACCUCCUCAACAGGGAGGGGCUUGGCUCCAUCUCCCAGGACAUUGCUGUCAGCCUUCGCCCCUUCAUUGAUGACGAGAAGGGCAGUGUGCGCUCAGCUGCCAUUGUACUGCUUGGCAACGUGGUGAGCAGGGUGCAGGACCCCGACAAACCCUUCGUGCAGCAGGAAAUCAUCCACUGCUUGCUCCCCCUGCUGCUGCAUCUUGAAGACCAGGAGGAGAGUGUGAAACUGUCAUGUAAACUGACGCUCUUCCGCUGCGCAGUGUUCCUCAGGUGGGCUCAUUUGAAGACCCUCUCCCACAGCUUGGCCUGGGAUGGCUCCUCACAGCUCUUGAAGUGUGUCUGGAUCUGCUUGAUGCAGAACAACGAGAGCCACAUCCCCAAAUUCCUGUUCCAGGCCUUACAGUACCUGGAAAGCUCACAGACAACAAUAAGACAUUCAGCAGCCCGAUUCAUUGGAAAUACUAUCCACCAUUACUGUGAUUUGUUGUCUGAAACAGUGAAUGAAGAUGGCAUCUCCCGCCUGUAUGAAGCUUUUCACGAAGUGCCUUUGAAAUCAGACAGGACCACGUGGUACAUCCUCAACAGAUAUUAUAAAUGGUUGCAGAAGCUUGGAAAUCUCGUGUCGGGUUCUGCAUUUGACUAGGGAACCGGGACCGACACAGACGAGCUCUUUGUCCUGCUAUGACAUCGAGAGGCCAACAGGAGCCAAUUGAGCCCACCACUGAUCCCAUCUCUUGUGAGAUGGCAAAGCAGCUUUGCAUGGGAAGGAGGAGACAGAAGAGGCCGAGCAGCAUGUGCCGGGCUGAACCAGCCACACAGAACCCCAUAGUCUAGGUGGAGAAAGCCAAGCCCCUCCCCAGCCCUGCCGGACAUGCUCCAACUGGAGCACCAGAGUGUAAGGGAGCAGCUCAGCUCACGCUAGGCAGACCGCUGAAAAUGGAGGAUGCACACUGUAGGCUCCAGACCAGAAACAGCUCAAGCCCCUGACUGCAGAGCUCUGAGGCGCCGAGACCCAGCCACGUCCCUGGGGGCCUGCAGACAUGCAAGGGAGAUCGGAGACUCUGGGAGUUUCCCACGCCGGGAACCCAGAGACCCCCAGCCCAUGGCCUAGAGACAUCUCCAAGGAAGUAACCUGGGUGAACUAGCCAUUGUCAUCCGCAGUGCUGGAUCCCCACUGACUCAAUGGCAAACACAUUGGCCACGGACGAGGCCCUGGGCGAGGAGCCGGUGGAGUAACGAGGGCCUGGGUCCACCUGCCCUGGCUGCCAUCCAUCCUUUGGUGGCUGCCCACGUCCCCAUUGACCCACUAGACUGCACAGCCCCAAGAGGAGGGGCAACCAUCUUGCCUCUGAACUCUCAGCCAAACAGCCCUGCAGUGAAGGGCAGCUACACUGACUCCGGCCGUUGGGCCACACAGCAUUGAGGGAGAGAGUAACCAUAUUGUCCGUUGCUAUCGGGCCACACGGGCGUAAGAGACAGGAUAGACAUAUGGACUCUAAGCGUUGAGCCACACAGCCCCGACGGAGAGGGCAGCUGCACGGACUCUGGUCGCUGGGCCACACAGCCCCGACGGAGAGGGCGGCCGCACGGACUCUGGUCGCUGGGCCACACAGCCCCGACGGAGAGGGCGGCCGCACGGACUCUGGUCGCUGGGCCACACAGCCCCGACGGAGCGGGCGGCCGCACGGACUCUGGUCGCUGGGCCACACAGCCCCGAC